UUCCAAGAAAUAGAAAAAACAUCCACCAUGACUUCAACACAAACAUCCGUCACCAUGACCUCAAAUGCCCGUCCUUCCAGUCGUGUUCUAAAACCACCAGGCGGUGGCCACUCCAAUAUUUUCGCCGAGCCUGACGUGAGCGUAAAUGCUCCACGUCCAAAAUAUAAUCAACAAAACUCUUCCAAUCUAAAUGCCUGUAUGGGUUCGACUGAUCCAAAUGUUGUCGUCGAGAAACUACGCGAGGAAGUCCAACAUAAAAAGGAAACGGCCAGUAAUGAUGGAGAAUCGGUAAAAUCUGAGCCCACCUCCUCCUCGGCUACUAAAACAACUGCCACAGCCAAUGGUAAUGGUGCUGCUGCCGAUGCUGCCGGUGGUGCAGCCCCAGCACGAGGACGUAUUCCACCUGGUGGCUAUUCAUCGGGUAGUUUCUGGUAA